GGCGCGGGGGCGGGUCCAAACCGUCGCCCUGCCCCGGGCUCAUCCUCUUUGCUCCGCUUUGCCGUCUGCUGCUCCUCGCUCCUCGUUUCCCGGGAAGGCUACGGUCGCUGCGGCUGGGGCUCGGACGCAAGUCGAGUCCCAGGAGCCCUGAGAGCGGCAGUGCUGGGAGGCCCGGCCUGCUCGACCGCAGGCGUCCUCCGGCUACCGAUGCUUGUUCACUACUAAUGGGUGUAAGCAAGUUAGAUAUUAUAUAUCGGAGACUUCUCCUCACAAAACUUUUUAUCAGAGGAUGGGGAAGGCCAGAAGAUCUCAAAAGACUCUUUGAAUUCAGAAAGGUGAUUGGAAAUCGAGAAAGAUGCCAGAAUCUGGUUUCAAGGGAUUAUCCUGUAUACAUUGAUAAGAUUGAAGAGCAGUCAGACUGUAAGAUCCUAGAUGGACACUUUGUUUCCCCCAUGGCCCAUUAUGUGCCUGAUAUCAUGCCAAUUGAAUCUGUUACUGCAAGGUUCCAAUUUAUUGUGCCUAAAGAAUGGAACAGCAAAUAUAGACCUGUCUGCAUUCAUCUUGCUGGAACAGGAGAUCAUCAUUACUGGAGGCGACGAACACUAAUGGCCCGUCCUAUGAUUAAAGAAGCCCGAAUGGCUUCUUUAUUGUUAGAAAACCCUUAUUAUGGCUGCAGAAAACCCAAAGAUCAAGUAAGGUCCAGCUUAAAAAACGUGUCUGACCUUUUUGUGAUGGGAGGAGCUCUUGUUUUAGAAUCUGCAGCUCUCUUGCACUGGCUAGAGAGGGAGGGUUAUGGACCUCUAGGAAUGACUGGAAUAUCCAUGGGAGGACACAUGGCUUCCUUAGCAGUAUCCAACUGGCCUAAGCCCAUGCCAUUAAUUCCAUGUCUCUCUUGGUCCACUGCAUCUGGGGUCUUCACUACGGGUGUAUUGAGUAAAUCAAUUAAUUGGAGGGAGCUGGAAAAGCAAUAUUAUACCCAGACAGUUUAUGAAGAAGAAAUUAUUCACAUGCUUGAAUACUGUGGAGCAGAUUCUUUCAAAAUGGGACGAGAGUUCGUGAAACGCUUCCCUAGCAGUGCAAACAAGCUAACUAACCUUAAUCUGGUUUCUAGAACUUUAAAUUUGGAUGACCAAGUUGUGUCCCAAAAACCUGCUGAGUGCCAUAAUUCUAGUAAAACAUCUAUCAGUGCCACAUCAGAAAGACUCUUAUUACAAGAUGCCUCUAAGAAGGAGUGCUUCAAUCAAACACUUUCAACCAACAAAAGUAGUUAUACAAGUUGCAACUCUCAGUCAUACCACCUACUCAGUAAAGAACAAAGAAGAAACACUCUUCAGAAAGAAUCUUUAAUAUUUAUGAAAGGAGUCAUGGAUGAAUGUACUCAUGUAGCAAAUUUCUCAGUUCCUGUUGACCCAAGCCUCAUUAUAGUGGUUCAAGCCAAAGAAGAUGCCUAUAUUCCACGAACAGGAGUUCGAAGUCUACAGGAAAUUUGGCCUGGUUGUGAAAUCCGAUAUCUAGAAGGGGGUCAUAUCAGUGCUUAUCUUUUUAAGCAAGGACUCUUCAGACAAGCCAUCUAUGAUGCAUUUGAACGCUUCCUCCAUAAAUACGCUAACUAAUUGGAUCGCUUCAUGUAACCAGUACAUCCAUCAUGUUUCUUACAAAAGGAAUUUUCAUCCUAUGAUAAUGUGAAGAACAAGCAGACAGCACUAUAUAUCUAAUUGCUAUCAAUUUAGUCUGGAAUUCAGUGUUACAGAUCCAUCAGCUAUAAACUUUGAAUACAUCUGAAUAAUUUUAAAACAAUAUUUGAAUUAAAUAAUGUUAAAGUCUUUUUAUUAUUGUUUAUUAGAAUCCCAUAUACUCAAUAUCUAGUCUGUUGUUGCUAUUUAUAAAAACUUUAAAUUUUUAAUUAUGAAUAAUUCAUUAACUUAUAAUAAAUUUAUUCAUAAAAACCCUAUUGGUUUUUAAUAGAAUUGCUAAAUCAAACUAAGAUUGUUAUAUAUCAGCCUGUACCGUGUACCCUUAUGAUGCCAUUUUGCUACUGAUUUGAGAAACAUGUUUCUUUCUUUUUUGAAUAUCUAGUGAAUUUAUAAUCUAGUUUUCAACUUUAGUUAACUUUCUGCCAUGGAAAUAAAUACUAACCAUGUAUAAAAUCAGUGUUAACUUUGAAUUCUAAAAAAUCCUGAUUGCCUUGUAGAUAAGUGCGUUUAAUAAUCAAAGUGCAUGUUGAAAUGCAGAUAAAAUGCAUUAGACUUGGCUAGAUUUUAAAACUUUACCAAAGAUUAGGUUAGAAAAAAAUGCCAAACAUAUUUCCCCUACUUAAAAAGUUUCAAUUCACAAAAUAUGGAAAGAUUGGAAGACCUAUUGCAUUAAUUGAUGGAUACCGUGUCAAACAUUUUUUUGUAUGCCUACUCUUCAGUUUGCUAAACAUCUGACUUUAUCCAAGUACUUAACAGCUUUGGCUUUUUAAUGUCAGAAUUUAGUAGCCACACAUGAAAUUGAUUUGUCCCAUAUAAGCUUUAUUUUACAGAAAACACUUAAAGUUUUAUAUAAUAACUACUAACUCUUAAAAAUGGGGGCUUAUAAGGCUAGAUUUGGUGCUUUCUUUUUAUGUUAAACUUCUCUAGCUGAGAGCUAAAAUGUCAAAGAAAAAAGUAGAAAAUGUUUUGGGGUAUUGUGUGAAGGUUUGGAGUAAGUAUAUUUGAGGUUUGUUUGAAAUCUGUGUUGUCUAUGAAUUCUUUUUAAUAGGUAUUCUUAGUCUUGUGAGAAUAUUCAAAUAAUGUGCCUUUGUAGCCUUUUUAAAGGAGAUUUCAUUUGUCACUCUAAUGCCUCAUCCAUAGUCUUAAUUUUUUACAACUAUUUAAAAAUUAAUGUGAAGUGAUGAUGGCAGACGAAGUAGUAACUUCUUUAAAACUGCUUUGGCAUAACAAACCAACGCUGUAUAGCCAUUUCAACUAUAGCAAUUUUACAUAUUCAGAUGAGAAACUUUAGUUUUAACUGAAAGUACAAAAUCUGAAGUUCUUCUACAAAAUACCCUUUAAAGAUAAAGUAGCACUUACUGGCAAUUGAAUUACAAUGAUUUUCUUAUAUCACAUUUAUAGUGAGGUGAUAUGAGUGAAUGUUUUCUGAACAUGGCUUUAGUAAAACCAAUACUUUAUUUUUUACAAAAAUGAUUCUUGAUAAGCAAUAAUUUACUAUGGUGUGUGAAUUUCUAUUAGUAAAAGGAUGAGGAGAUGGGUGCCAUGGCUCACGCCUGUGAUCCUAUCACUUUGGGAGGAUCACUUAAGGCCAGAAUCACUUCGAGACUGAGCACCAUAGUGGGACCCUGUCUCUACAAAAAAUACAAAAUUAGCCAGGCAUGGUGGAGUGCACCUAUAGUGUCAGGUACUCACAAAGCUGAGGCAGGAGGAUCCCUUGAGCCCAGGAACUGGAGCUUGCAGUGAGCUAUGAUGAUGCCACCGUACUCCAGCCUUAGCAACAGAGCAAGUAAGAUGCUAUCACCAAAAAGAAAAAAAAAAAGAAAUUUCGAUUUUGUUUUAAUUAACUCUUAGGUAUAACUGAUUUUUCCCAAAUAAAAUGUGAAAGAUGGUAUUUUAAAAAUUUCAUCUCUUAACCAGAUAGUUUAAGGAUAUAUCCAUAAAACUACCUCAAUUAAUUCAAGGUGCAAAAUACCUUUUCUUAGAGUUUUUUUUAUUUACUCCUCCCAAAAUAAUGGCUCGAGUAUUUCAAAUAUAUAUAUAUGUGUGCAUAUAUAUAUAUGCAUACACACACACACACACACACACACACACACAUAAACCUCAAAGAAGUGCUGUCUGCCAUUUGUAUACCAUUUUGAGGAUGAGAUACUACAUAAAAUGCUAGAAAUUCAUUUAGACCAGAGUUAUAAACUGUUAGUCCACACAGGCCAGUUUGACCCAUAGUUGUUUUACUUAAUAUUUGGUGUACAUAAUGUUUCAAAGAUUUCUGAAUUUAUAAAGUCUUUAGAUUGGGCAUGCAUUCCUCAGUUUGCCACAGUCCAGUGGACUCCCUCUUGUAUCAGACUACUUCUCUAGUUUGUAUUUCCUGCUCAGCCCUGAAGACAUUGUAAGUUUGAGACCCCUGAUUUAGAUCUGUGAUUAGAAAAAGUUUCCAAAUUUCGUGAUUUGCUAAUGUUGUAAUUACUAUUAAGUCAUUUUAGCAUAUGUAUUUUAGAUUGUUUAUGAAUGUAUUUUUUAAUGUGGUGCUUUCUCAUAAAGAUUAUUGAAUUGUUAAUACUAACUGAAAUAUUAAAAAUCAUUUCCAAAUAUUUUGUAUUUCACAAUAAAAGUCUUUAAAAAGCUAA